UGAGCCCAAUAUACACAUGCAGCAGAAUUAUCGUCACAGCUACUCCAUCACACCAUAAGGAUGGAUAUGCACUCAUAAUGGACAUACUUGUGCAGGAGUGAGGUCCACGAAGGUUGUCAUCGGACUAUAACCACCCGACCAGCCCCUCAAUGCCUCUCAACACUCCAAUUAUCCCGAAUGAUGCAAUGUGACGUUUUAUCCGUAUGGCACAAUGAACGCUCCAUUAAGAAGCGGGCUCUUUUCGUGGUUCCAGGCUGCGCGACAUGCAAUAGGUCUGCCAGCGUGGUUCAGCCGAGCGUUCAACUUUUCCCUCUGCUCUUCACCUGGACGAAUUGCGCCUGAGGUCUGAUAAUACAGCGCGACUCUCCCAUGGAUUGCAAAGGAUCGUGCAGUCUUGCUCUUGUAGCCAGGGCUGUAUGUUCAGAGGUCGCCGAGCAUGCUCGGAGAUGGCUUGCGGAGGGUUCGCCAGACCGCCACAGAAAUGGGAUGUGCCCGAUAUUGAGGUUCAAGCUGGGGAAUAGGCUAAUUAUUGGACACUGUAGUAGUAUAGCACUCUAUCGCAUGACUCGCCAAGCCCGUCCAGGCAGAAUUGUGCCUUGUUCACAUGCUUCCAAAAGACGGCCACGGCUCAAUGUGCACACCUCCAUUGACUCUCGAGGCUACGGAGGAUGCCAGAGAGGCGGGUGCUGCUGCAUGAUGAGCUCUGGAGAAAGGAGAUUGCGGGUGGCCGUGAUGGAGCCAAAAAAGUGUGUUUGUGCCCCACCCGAGAUCCUGGGCCGGCUCCAGAGUGGAAGCUGGGGAAGACACCAGCGGGCCAGUCGCAUGAACAAGGCAGGGUACCUUACUGCGUAAGGCAGGGAGCAACGAGGAUGCUGCCGUGCCAGCCCUCGGUGCGAAGAAGACCCCCCUUUCCUCGUAGAGGUGCAGGGCGAAGGUGGAAAGUGAGAUGCACGCCCACAAGAGGAUGCCUGUGCAGAGAGCAAAGCUCUGGAG